AUGGCCGCCUUUCGGUUUCUCGUCCUGCUGGCCUGUUUCCUCGGCCUGAGCAGCUACGUCGCUGCCGCCGACCUGUCAUACAACGGAAUCCCUCCAUGCGCGAUAUCCUGCAUUCUUCAAGAGAUCGGGGCAGGGCACUCGACAUGUGCCCUCACGAACCAGACAUGCAUGUGUAACGACAAGGUUCUCGCUGGGUACGUGCAGACUUGCGUCAUGGCAAACUGCACAGUCAAAGAGAUGCUGGUCGCCCAGAACCAGUCGCUCGCAGCUUGUGGUGUGCCUCCGGCCCAACAAGACACUGUUAUGCAGUGGUUCAGAGCUCUUCUCUUCGGCCUUCCAACGUUCUUCAUCAUCGUACGAAUCACGAAUAAGUACAUGAAGCUGUCGCCAUGGGGCUGGGACGACACGACCUGUCUUGUCGCAUAUGGUGUUCUUGCAGCCUUCUUACCAGCAGCCUAUCUUGCUGAGGAGACAGGCGCUGGACGAGACAUUUGGAGUCUUACUCCCGAGCAAAUCACGUACUUCUUGGUGCUCUUCUAUGUCUUUGGGAUGCUCUACCUGACCGCUCUUGCCUUCGUCAAAGCAUCGAUUCUCUUUCUCUAUCUACGCAUCUUCCCGGACGAAAAAUUCCGACGAGUACUCUGGUGCACGCAAAUGUUCAACCUGCUCCUCCUCAUCGCGUUCGUUGGAGGCACUGUUGGGUCGUGCCAACCUAUUCACUACUUUUGGGAUGGAUGGACCGGGGAGAUGAAGGGCCAAUGCAUCAACCUGAACGCCUUUGCCAUGUGCCACGGCGCUCUCAACGUUGCCUUGGACGUCUGGAUGCUCGUUCUACCCGCAACCCAGGUCUAUGAUCUGAGGAUGCCGCUCAUGCGAAAACUUGGAGUGAUGCUCAUGUUCGGCGUUGGGGUAUUUCCCCCCGAGCGAGCACGGGUUGUGUCCUACGAGGAAGCAUCAAUAGCCCAUUUGGUCGGAGACUUUAGGAAUAUCGACCUCAACGACCUCCCGUUAGAGCCAGAUACACCAAGCACACCGAAAACACCGAAGAGUCGAAUCGAGUUCAAGGAGGAGCCUUGUUCUGGCAGCUCAAGGGGCAACGACAGCACGAGAAGCAUGUUGAAGAUGAAAGAAGAGGCAUGA